CAAUGAUGAUUGGUUGGGCUUUGGUAACAGUUUAGAUUUAAAUGUUUGCAGCUUCGUCAUUGUGCACAUUUUCCAAGCACUUUCCAUGAACUGAAGGUAAAAAGGUGUAAGAUACAGCAUUGUGUCAUUAUGAAGUCCUGGAUUAUACUUACGUCACUCAUUGGAGCUGCUUUCUGUUUACCCCUUCCUCCUCACCCGCAGCACCCAGGAUAUGUCAACCUUAGUUAUGAGAUUUUAACACCUUUAAAAUGGUACCAGUCCAUGAUGAAACAUCAGUACCCCUCCUUUGGCUAUGAGCCCAUGUCUGGAUGGCUUCAGAAUUCAAUGAUUCCUUCACCAAUGAUGCCCCAGCAACAGCUACCACAUCCACAUGCAAUACCAAAGCUGCCACCCCACCACUCUGUACUUAUACCUCAACAGCCCAUGAUUCCUCUAUCCCCCCACCAUCCAUUGCUUCCUUUCGCACCUCCACAAGCUAAUCCAUUAAAUCCAACUUAUCUGACUAACCCCGAGAGUCAAUAUCCAACAAACACUCAACCAAUAGAGCUACCAAAACCUGAUAUUUUAAACAAACCUGGUCAGCCUCUUUUCCCAAUUCAACCACAGCCCCCUUUGGUGGAAGAAAGACAACAUGAACCAUGGCAGCCAUUGAGCAAAACCAAGCAAAACCAAGAAGAACUGGAUUAAAUGUGAGCAGAAAUGACAAGAAAAAUAUGAUUUCACUACCAUUAAAGUCCAGUCUAUGCUUAGUUGUCAACAACAAUUUUUCCUUAGCUAAUUAUCAUCAUUGCAUUGAAAAAAAUAUAUAAAAAUUCCUAAUAAAACAAAAUUGAUGAGUAUGGAAAACCA